CAUAAAAAUAAUACAUCUUUAAAAUGAGUAAUCAAGGUUUACAAUUAGAUAUCCUUAGUGGAACUUUUAAAAAGGUGGAUGAGAAAUUUGUUCUGAAAUCUUCUAAAGGUGCUCUCGACAAUGAGGCUAAGAAUAGCUGCAAAAUCUUAAAAUUCACAUCAGAAUGGAAGUUGGAUAAUGUGUUAGUAACAUUAAGUGAAUUAAAGCUUGACGAAUAUCCAAAUUUAUUCAUUUUUGUGAUUAAUAAUACAAAUUUUGAGUUUUACAAAGGAAAUUUUGUACAGAAGAAGCUGACUAGAAACAAAUUGCUGGAUAAAAUUAGAAAAUCACUAAAGAAAUUCGAGGUUCGGCCAUUAAUCUUGCAGUUAACAUCAGAAAAUGAAGGAGCUACAAAAUUUUAUUAUCACGAGGAGAAGUCAGAGAUUUUUUUGAGCAUAAAGAAGCAAGACAAAAGUUUUGUGAAGGUUUCAAACUUUACGACCUUUAUGCAUUCAUUUUUAAGUGGAAAUUUUGACAAUUUUGAGGAUAUCCUAGUCGAAAAGCUCCCAAAAGUCACACAUUCAGUUCUUAUUUUACGAUUUUUAAGGGUUUUGAAGCUGUCUGAUGAGUUUGUGAUUAAGAUAAUCCAAAAAUGUGCUGGGCAUGGAACCAAGAAGGACUUUCUAGCUGCACUCGAUGCUUCAUUUGAGAGUGAUGGAAGAACUUUACUUAUAAAGUCUCAAAAAUAUCUAUCAAAUAUAAUCAAUGAAGAUUUUGAUGAAAUUCAUGACUCUUCAGAAAUUACACCAGCGAUAGAUCACGUCAUUUCAAUGGCAUCACUAAGAGACUACGGUAUACAAGAUGACAACAAGGAUGUGACAAGUCUCUCAUCCUGCAAUUCAAGUUUCAGCCACUCAAACCCAUCAGUACUCUUAACAGCCAUUGAGAAUAAGAACAAGGAAGUAAUCGACUAUUUAAUCACUUACUGCACUCACUUGAUUCAACAGCUUCCUUUCAAGCAUCAAGUAAAAAUAUCCACAACUGCAUUUGAGUUAAAUCAGAUCGAUAUUCUAUGUGACUUGCUGGAAAUGUCAGAUUUUCCGUUUCCUCAAAGUUUCAAUCCUGAUUCCAUAACUUAUCAAAGACUUCAAAGAUUAGUCGAGGACAGAAUUGGCUUUAAAGAUGCAAUAAAAUCUGAAAACUUCCUAGUUAUCAUAAACUUCAUCAACAACAACCCAAACCUCAAAAUAAUCUACAAUCACCUCAAUAUAUCAGCACUAAGCGAUGCCAUUGACACAAAAAAAUUCAAAGUUUAUUUUUAUCUUAAAUCGCUUGGAUUUAAUGCGACAGUAUUCGCCAGCCACGAAGAAGUUCUCAGUGAUGAAGAUCUAAAGAUAGCAAAUAAACAUGUCAAUGAGCAGAAAAAAGUGAAAGUAGAUGAGAUACUUGGUGACGUUAACAAUUCAGUCGCUCUACUGUCUGCAAGAUCAUUUAUUAAUAACAGGAAAAUCAAUAAGCAACAAGAAGCUGAAUAUCGUGAAAAAAUCAAGAAAUGGAUUGAGGAUGUCAACAAGAUUAAGUUUGACAGUAAGAUGCUGGAUAUUGCAGCGUCUUGUGAAAGUUUGAGGAUAAUCUUUGACUUUGAAAGUUGUGGGGUCCCUAAUUCCAACUUAUCAACUACCAUAGUUUCAGAAUCAUUGACUCAUACAGUAAAAUACAUCAUCAUCCCAGCCAAAUCAUCAACUAAUUCACAUGACCAACAAAUUAAAGGAAUAUUAGCUCGUGAGCUUUGUCAUCAUGUAAUUAAUAUGAUAUACGAAAACAUGGGGAAUCCGUACUAUACACAUACUCUAAAUACCAUAAAAAUUUACGAUAGUCUAGUUAAGGCAACCGACAAGUGGUUUUUAAAUAAAUCUGAAUUCCCCGAUGAUGAAUGCAAUGGAAUCAUAUCAUCAGCUUUUAAAUCAUAUAGAAGUGAGAAUUUCCAUCGGGAAUUAAUUGUGAGAGUUAUGCAAAUUCUCGCACAGUAUGAUGAUGAUGAACAAAAGCUUACUCAUCUUCAGAAAAAGUAUGAACCAUUGUUUGGGUUCUUCUGGAAUUACGUCUGGUCUGAAAUGCAGAAGUUUAGUAUUAAGAGCCGCACAUGUGCGAGGAAGUUGAAUGGAAUUGUUGGACUUUUGGAUGAGAUUUCUACGCUGAAUUUUAAAAUGUUGAAUUCAAAGGAUGUUAAGGAACUGGUCAGCAGCAAAUUAGUUAUUGUGACUACAAAUGUUACAAAGUUUUUAUUCAUUGACAUUUAUAAGCACAUCAAUAGUCAAUUUGGAGAUUUUAUUGAUGCUCAAAAUUUAUUCAUCAAGUCUGGAAACUAUAAAAACUUAAAAAUUGCAGACUUCCUCGAUCAAUCAAUGACUAAUGCCUCAAAUUUCAAUAUUUUUGUGGAUUGUUCAAAGGAAGUUGUUGAAGAUUUAUUAAAAAUUGUCAAUGAAGCUUCAAAUUUCAUUUUCAUUGUGUCUAACCAAAAUCAUAGCCAAGAACUGCUACAAAUGAUGUCAAAACAGUCAUUGAUCCCAACAAAAAUGGAAAUAAACUACGAAUGGAAUGAUUUAACAGUCCAAACCCAACAAGAACUGCUUCAAAGGAAAAUAAAUUUUCAAAAUACCUCAAAUUUUUCUCUUUAUGAAUUACUGAGCAAGAAUGUCGAUCCAUUGACUGAUAAAUUAGCGACACAAGAACAAAAAGAAAGAAAUUUUAGGAAUUUUACAGAAAUAAUCGACGAUAAUCUGUUGAAUUUGCUAGUUGAGGAUGAAACAAUUUCAAUUAACACAAAAUUUGCGAGUGAAUCAGUUGAAAAAUUCCUUUUCCAGUCGAGAAGUUUCAUUAAAAAUUCUAAUGUUGGAACUAAAUUGUCAGAAAGAGAUUUUUUGAUGGAUACAAAAAGAAAUAAAUUCGUUUUGAUAUCUGAUGUGGCUGGAGCUGGUAAAAGCUGGAUUAUGAAGGACUUUGUGAAUGUUUUGAGUAUCCAAAGUCCAGGCAAAUGGGUUACUUAUGUUGAUUUAAGGAAGCUUGAACUACACUUUGAAUCACAAAGCUUUGACUUCUUGUCAUUCAUGACUGACAAUGUCUUUAAAUCAAUGAGCGAAAUUGAAAAGAAUUUCUUCAAGAAUUUCUAUAAAAAUGGCAAAGUUUUGAUUCUUUUUGAUGGAAUCGAUGAACUUACGUCUGAUUUUAUGGAACUCAUCAUGAAUAUCCUCACAAAAUUCAACUCAAAUGAUGGCAAUCAGCUAUGGAUUGCAACAACAAAUCAUUUACAAAAUUAUCUACAGUCAAAGCUUCAAAUUGAAGAUUCCUACAAACUUGAUGACUUUACAGCAAAAGAAAGCAUCAACUUUAUAGUCAGAAGUUGGGUGCUAACCGACCUAAAAGACAAAGAACUAGUCUCAACUCAAGAUGAUGCUGAAAAUUGUUUGAUAGAAAAUUUCGAUAAUUAUUGUGAAGCAGCACAGAUUCUUGUUGAGAAAGCUUUAUGUUUACAGUCACACACGAUUGGACUUCCCCAACUAUUGACAAUGAUUGCAAACAUCUUCAAAGAUAAUAAAAAUUCAGACUUGAAUUUAAAAGAAUCUAAAAUCUUUAAAAGAUUUGUGGAAACACUCUGUGAGGUAUGGACAUCCACAAAAGAUGAAAAUAGCUUGGAAAUGUGCUUUAAUUUUUGGAAGUUCCAUCAAUCUGCUGCACUGGAAAAUUUAAUCCCUGAAUAUGCUAAAUCUUGUGAUUUGGAAAGUAAUGGCAAUGUAUGGCCAGAAAAAGAAGUCAAUUCUUGUGAGAUGAUGACAAAAGUAGGAAGCAGUUAUGUCUUUACGCAUGGAACAAUUGCUGAAUAUCUCGUUGCUGACUUCAUUGCUAAAUCCUUCAAAAAACCAAAAAUCAAUGAGCAAGUUCUCGAGUUGUUUGUUAAGAUUCUUACAACUGAAAGAUUUCGUGUCAUCAGGUUGUUCCUAAAUGACAUCAUCGAAGAUUGGGACAAGAUUCAAGAGAAAUUGCAGAAAAAUGUUGACAACUUCUACAAAAUUGAGACUUUUGCAGAAAUUUUUAUUAGAGGCUAUGAAAAUCUAGGAAAUCUAGUUGUUAACAUCCUUAAGAGUGGUGACUACAUUGCAGUCACUAAGAUAAUAUUCAGAAAUGCCACAAACAUUGCAAUUCACAUCAAGAAUCCAAAAAUGUUUUCAAAGUUCCAAGAACUUUUGCUUCAAUUCUUAAAAGUUCCUGACAUCAAGAAAUUGAUUUAUCGUGAAGACAUUUUCCAUUCCAUCCUUCAAUCAAGCCUUAAUAUUGAAGCGUUUGAUAAUUUCUUAUCAAAAACUUCAGAGAAGACUGGUCCAAACUUCCUUCGAGAAAUCUUAGAAAAGAAAUCCACACAACCACCAAAUGGGAACAUAUUUGACGUCUUAGGCCACACAGCAAACCUACAGCCACAAAAAUUCCAAAAGUGUCUGUCUAUAAUGCUCAAACUUUUCAACAACAGCCAAGUAUUUCAACUGAUGGAAGAUGUCAACACCCAGAAACAAAAUAUUUUGCAUGUCUGCAUCCAAACAGGAAAUCUGGAAAGUUUCAAAGUUUUAUGGACGGAAAUCGAAAAGUUUUGUGCUUCUCAGAAAUUGUUGAUACUUUUUAAGAAGCUUGUGAUGCAAAAAGCAAACGACGAUCAAAAUGUGCUUCAUUUUGUUGGUGGAAAUGAGACUUUAGAUUUCCAUGAGACUUUCUGGAAUCUAUUGGUCAGAACUUUUAAGAAUAAGGAGGGAUUGAAGAACUUUAUACUGCAGGUUGAUGAGAAUGGAAGCAAUUUUGUUCAUUCUUUGGUUCUAUCCAAUAAUAAUCCAGCAGUUGUUGAGUUGACAAUGAAUAUGCUCGAGAAAAACUUUACGGAUGUCCAAUUUAAGCAAAUUAUUAAGUCAAAAGGAGAGCAUAAGAGAAGCUUACUUCAAACUGCUGCCUGCAGACCAAAAAAACUUGAAAUCCAUCAAAUUUUAUGGACAACUUUCAGGAAAUUGAGCAUAUCCAAACUUGAAUUUUCAAAGAUUCUCUUUGAACUUGAUGACAAAAAUGAAAAUGUCUUCAGCAAUGCUGCACAUUCUUCAUCAGCUGAUGUCUUUGAAUUUAUGAUAGAAGAACUGGAAAAAGUCACAUUACGUGAGCAUGUCAAGAAGAUGUUGACCAACUUGAAUGCAGGAAGUAGGAAUUUAUUGCAAAUAGCUGCAUACGACAACAAUGACAAGAGUCUCCAUGAAAGUUUGCUGAAAAUAUUUUUCAUGUAUUUUAAGCAACCGGAAAUUUUAGAAAUUAUCAAGCAUGUUGACAUUGAAGGAAACAAUUUCUUCUCAAUUGCAGUCAAUAGAAACUCAAAGGAAGUUGUUGAAGCUAUUUGGGAGAAUAUUAAGAUUCUGAUGAGUAAGGAAGCUCAAUAUGCAUAUUUAAAGAUUGAAAGUAAUGGAGUGGAUAUACUCAAAAGGUCUUUGGAUAAUACAAAGUAUGUUGAUGUUCACGAGUUUAUUCAGAGACUUUUGGGUGGUUUUCGGAAUUAAAAUGGAACAGCAUUGUCUUAUCCUCAAACAUGUAAUGCCACAGCUUUAACUUAACAAAAUGUUCAGAAAAUAUGUAGAAUUUUUAA